AUGAAUGAUUCACACUCUGCAGCGCAUAUCCCCUCUGGUUUCGUGAUCAAAGAUUUCUCUACCCUGCCGCCAAAGACUCGCUCAACAGUCGCAGACAAAGUGGCCAAACUUGAGAGAAAGGUCUUCCCAUCAAUCGAGCACUUCAACUACGACGUGGAACUUAAGAAAAAGAACACUGGACUACUCUUGGUCUUCAAAGAAGAUGACACGGAUAAACUUAUUGCAUAUCUCGUCUAUCAACGGAUGAAGAGAUUAGCGUGGCUGCACAAACUUUGUGUGAUCGAGCAAGAAAGAGGAAGAGGUAUCGGAAAGGCCUUGAUUUACUACCUUCGCCAUCAAAUGGGAAAAGGAGGCUGCAACAAGAUCUUCUUAUGGGUGGACGAAAGUCGCGGGCAUGCCAGAGCGUUGUAUGAGUUGUGCGGCUUUCAACAGUCUGAAUGCCGUCCUGACUACUACGGUCCUGGGCGGACAGCACUCAAGCUUGAACUGGAGCUCGGAGACUGA